AUGGAUAAAGGAAAUUGCUCUUCAAUCACUGAAUUUAUACUACUGGGAAUUACUAGAAACCCUAGCAUGAAAGUGGUUCUACUCAUUGUGUUUCUUCUCAUCUAUCUCAUUAUUCUUGUGGCAAAUGUUGCAAUGAUAGUUUUGAUCAGAAUGGAGCCCCAGCUUCAGACACCAAUGUACUUCUUCCUCAGCCACCUCUCUUUCUCAGACCUCUGCUAUUCCACUGCAGUUGGACCAAAGAUGCUGGUGGACCUACUGGCCAAACACAAAUCUAUUUCUUUUGUUGGCUGUGCCUUGCAAUUUUUCUUCACCUGUAUCUUUGUAGAUGCUGAAUGCAUGCUGCUGGCAGUGAUGGCCUUUGAUCGAUACAAAGCCAUCAGCAAUCCCCUGAUGUAUGUAGCAGAGAUGUCUGGUAAAUUUUGCUACCAACUCCUAGCUGGAGUUUACCUAGUAGGAAUGGCAGAUACCGUGAUACAUACUGUAAUGACCUUUAGAUUAUGUUUCUGUGGAUCUAAUGAGAUUAAUCACUUUUUUUGUGACAUCCCUCCUAUUCUGCUACUGUCUUGCUCAGAUACACAGGUCAAUGAGUUAAUCACGUUUAUUGUUUUUGGUUUCAUUGAACUGACCACAAUCUUAGGAGUCCUUGUCUCAUAUUGUUACAUCAUCUCAUCAGUCUUAAAAAUUGGCUCCACUAAGGGUAAGUUUAAAGCUUUCUCCACGUGUGCCUCUCACUUAAUUACAGUUGCCAUUUUCCAAGGAACACUGCUUUUCAUGUAUUUCCGUCCUACUUCGACUUAUUCUCUGGAUCAAGACAAAAUGGCUUCACUGUUUUACACCCUGAUAAUCCCCAUGCUUAACCCUCUGAUUUAUAGUCUGAGGAACAAAGAUGUAAAAGAGGCCCUGCAGAAACUGAAAAAUAAAAUAAAAUAA